AUGACUACAAACGAGUCUAAUGAUACAGACGAGUUGGAGUUUCACGUUCGCGCGGAUAUAUCGAGAGAGGAAGAUAUUCUAGAAGAAGAUAGCUUAUCCAUUCAGACUAAUCAUCAUGGUAUCAGUAGACCAAGUAAGAGGAAUAGGGAUAAUGAUAUGGAAGAAGUUUGGACCACCGUGCAAAGGAAAGGCAAGCGUUUCGCUCUGGCAGGGGAUUCAAAUGGUAAUAGCGAAACAAGAGAACAGAAGAUUGAGGUUUGCAUUAUAUGUAAGGAACAACUUCCAAAACAAUUUAAACUAGCGAAAUUGCUAAGAGCAGAAAAAAUACAAAAUGUUGUGCGGGUUAAGUAUAUUAAUUCAUAUAAAGUACUGAUUGAGUUUGAUAAAGAAGAAAGUGCAGAAGAAUUAGUAAAUUCAAAAUAUUUCAAUGAAAUGGGAUACAAUACUUAUAAAACAAUGGAAAUUAAUCGAGUAUAUGGAGUAAUUAAAGAUAUUGAUUUGGAUCGUUCAGACGAAGAAAUUUUAGAGAGUUUAUAUAGUACUACAAAGAUUUUGGAAAUUAAAAGGCUUAAACGCAAAAAUAAAUAUGAUGGAAGAUGGGAGACAAGUGAAGCGAUGAGAAUCUGCUUUGAAGAAAAAAGAAUUCGCGAACUAAUGUCAGAAUUUUGUUGCACAUAUAAAAAAGCUUUAACAAUAUAUGUGCCGCCUAGUCCUCCUCCAUUGCCUGUUAUAGUAGAGAAAUCCUUCCCAACAAUUAGUAAUGAUCAAGUUAUAACAACGAAUGUUCCUUUAGAAGUCGAGGCGGUUAUAGAAGAGUCUAUUACUUCAAAGUCUUAUGCUGAAGCAACAAAAGUAUCACAUAAAAAGUCAAAGAAGAAAUCAACUAGUAAUACGUCUACAUCUAAAUCAGUUAAAGCGAACAAACAAAAGACAACAGAGAACGUUAAUCUACAGAUUAUAGAAGACAUAGAAUUUUUAUCGGAACCAGAGAGUAAUCUAAAUGAAGAAGAGUUGGGACAACAACAUGAAGAUGGAGACAAAAUCCAAAAUAACGAAGACGACAAAUGGAAAGUGUUACUUCAAAAAUUAAGGGAAAAGAUUGUGGAUAAUACUUUAAAAUGGGAAGAAAAGUUGAAUGCAUGCAUUAAUAUAAUAUACAAAUAUGUGUUAACAUUUAUUAUUAAAUAUAUUACAAACUGGUCAUGCUUUAAACUCUUUACGGAACAUGGAUCU